AUGAAUGCUUCCAAUUCCAUUUCCACCACCAUCAUCUUCUUCACUUUCACUUCCUUGCUCUUUCUACCUUCUUCCCUACAAGUUUCCAAUCACAACACAUUAGUAUACAAAACUUGUUCAACUCAAACCUUCAACCAUCAAACUUACUCUCAAUCACUCACCUCCUUAUUCCAACUACUCAUAACACAAUCCUCUCCAUACAAGUUCUUCAAAACCAACCAAGCUAUCGACGAUAACACCUUCCUCUCCGGCUUCUUCCAAUGCAGAAACGACAUCAACAAACAAGAUUGUUUCACAUGUGUAACAUCUUUACUUCCUCACAUCAUAUCAAACACCCUAUGCAGUGAUUCCACGUCGGCGCGAAUACAGCUCGGAGGUUGUUACGUUCAAUAUCAAACUGAACAGUUUCAAGAAACAACUAUUCAUGCAUCCAAAAAUAACUAUAUGUCUCACAAGAUUUGUGGAGGAACUGCUGUAGAGUAUUACGUUGAGUUUAAAGAGUUGAUGGAUGAAGCAUUCAUGAUACUGGAAAAUGGGAUUAUAAAUAGUGAUGGGUUUUACGCAACGGAUUAUAAAAAGGUGAAGUUGAUGGCACAGUGUGAAGGUGAUUUGAGUAGUUGUGCAUGUAGUGAAUGUGUUGGUGACGCAGUGAUGGUUGCUAGGGAAGAAUGCGGUAGUUCAGUUUCUGCAGAAAUAUAUCUUGAUAACUGUUUUAUAAGCUAUGCAUACAUGCAAAAAUCAGGUAAUGGUGAUGAUGAAAACUCUGAUCAAGGGGCAAACAUAAACAAUACCAAAAAGGUGGUAGCAAUAAUUGUUGGAGGAGCUGCAACUCUAUUUUUGGGUCUUUUGUUUGUAUCGAUGCUUAACUGCAAAAAAGAUGACUAUGAGUAG